AUGCUUCAAACUAACUACAGGCAGCGAUUUCUGUUGCUGCUCUGGUUGAUGCAGUUUCUCUGGAAUUUCACAGCAGCACUCACAGUGGAUAAUCAACUCGUCUCGGCGCGAAAUGAUUGUUUUGAACGCAUCGCUUUGGAGGCAAUGCUGCCAUUUGAGAAGACCUUCCGCACCGAAGACACCAACUCGCUGAAGAUGUGCAAGGAGAAGUGUUUGCAGGCGGGCGAGAAGUGUCAGGCCAUUUCAUUCGGUGUGCAUCGACGCGGAAACGGCACAUGUCAGUUGUCAUCGGAGCAGUAUGGCAAUGGAGCUAACGGAGGUGGAGGCGGAGGAGGCGGAGGCGGUGGUCGGCCAGGUGGCAUCAUUUUCGAUCCCGACUUUGAUUUGUAUACGCGCAAAACGAAUUGCUUUGAUUUGAGCGACAAUUCGAUUGGCGGCCCAAGUCCGAUCAGCACGGGCGUAACGCCAGUGAAUCUACCCAAUCGACCGCUGGAUGUGGGCAAUACUCCCGUGCUGGUUGUGAAUCCCACACCGCACACACAUCCAGCUGAAUCUCAUCCGCAUCCGCAUCCGCCGCCACAUCCACAUUUGCCACCGCCCACAGGUUCACCGCCCGGUGUCGGUGAUCGCUUGUAUUUCUCCCAUGAGAUUUAUCCACUGUACAAAUAUCCCACGCUCUACGAGCACAAUUAUCCGGCGCCCAACGAUGAUGUCUACAUUCCGGGUGGCUAUGCGGCCAAUGUGCCCGAGGUGGAUGAACGCUACCGACCGUCGUAUGUUGCUCUGGAGGAUGGCAAUGUGCAUCCCACGCCACAUGCUCCGCCACGUCCUGUUUUUGGCUUGGGCUAUGGCAAUGGCUAUAGUUAUGGCACACCCGAGCGUUAUGCUCCAACCACACUGCGUCCUGCCGCUGCCGAGCGUCCCAGCUAUGCACCGAGACCCGAUUACGGCAAUGAUCGACCGGAUUAUCCACGUCCUUCGCCAGCGAGACCCUACGACAGCUCGACACCUCCCGAGGGCUCCUAUGGACCACGACCCACGCCCAACUAUGAUGGACAUCGUGAGCCACGACCGGAUUACACCAAUCGACCUGAUCCUCCAACACAUAUGCCGCAAGAUGGUGGCUACAGUCCCGGUCCUGUCCCCGGCUCCUCGGCACGCCCGCCAGUCUACGAUAGACCGCCACCUCCUAGGGAUGAGUAUGUGCGUCGCAAUGGCAGCGUUAUGCGUCCUGAUGGCUACAGUGGCUACGAUGACGACAAGACAAUUUCCACCUACUUCAAUCCCGAGGAUUACAUGCAGGGAAACAAAAAUCGUCCCAUGCCUAUGCCUGGCGAUAGAGAUCGCGAUCGCGAUCGUGAUCGUUAUCCCCUGGAUGAGAUGAAUGCCUGUUUCCGGCGUGUGUUGGCUGGCAAACGUAUAGCUCCCCAUUGGGUGCGUCGCUCCAUCUCUUGCGAGCGUGUCGAGGAAUGCAUGCGAGAAUGCGGCCAUGAGAAGCGUUUCAUGUGCGAGGGCUUCAACUAUCGCCUGGAUCCGUCCGGGCAUGGUCAGGGUGAUUGUGAGCUCAUCGAGAUGCCAUUAUCCCACAUGGAUCUCUAUUCGAGCGCCAAUCGACGCGACACGAAUCUGUUGCGGCAUCCCGACUAUGAUUACUAUGAGCGCGAUCGCAAUGCGCCGAGCAGUUGUCGACGCAACAUUUGCCAGGAUUGCUCCAAGUCGCCGAUCUCCAGCGAUCCCAUUUACUUCAAGCCCAGCAGCAGUGGUAGCGGCAGCUAUGGACCAGGACCCAGCAGCAGCGGUUAUGCAGAUCGUGAUCGCGAUCGUGAUCAUUAUCGUCCUCCUCACGGCAACACGGCUGUGGAUCAUUAUCGUGGUCCGUCUGGUUCCUAUGAGCAUCGACCGUUCUCUGCUGAAUAUCACGGCUCACAUUCGUCGUCCUCGUCCUCGUCCUCUUCUUCAUAUGAAUUCUCCUCGCAUGGUGCCGUCUCCGGUUCCGGCUACUAUGGACACACGCCUCCCAGCAGCUUUGGCGAUCACUCUCGUCCGGAUUAUAUAGAUCGUCAUGACUUUGCACGUCCCGAGCCGCCAUCACACUAUAGACCCGAUCGCUGGGAGACGUUACCCAGCAGUUCCGGCUAUGACAGCUCCAAUUACAGGCCGCCACGUCCCGAAACCGAUCGCAUAGAUAAAUAUAGACCAUCGUAUCGACCAGGUGCGGAUUACUCGCCCUAUCGUCCACCUGCACCACCUGGUCCUCCAGCUACGGGGCCAGCUCACAAUUAUCUCGAUCGUGAUGGACCUGGAAGCGUUGCCUACAAGAAGCCCAGCAAGUUUGUGCCUUAUUUGAUCGGAGGCGGAGCCGAGGAGAGUUGGGGCAGCUAUGGUGGCAGCUACGGUGGCAGCAACAGCAAACACAGCUCCCACUGGGGACUGAGUGAGUCACAGCGUCGCAAGGAUCAGCAUGACUUCAACUACUUUGAGCUGGGACCACCAAGUCACAGAGAACCACCACGUGAAUCCAAUGCGGUGCUACGUUAUCCCGGUUCCAGCUACGACCACGAAUAUCCAAGACUACAGAACGACUACAGGCGUCAGUGGACGAGAAGACCCGGACCAGAUGAAUGCUCCGCCAAGACGAGCGAAGGUUUCCGGCUGCAUAAGACUGCCAUAAAGCAUGCCUUCAAUGUGCCCACGCUGACGGAAUGCGAACGCUUGUGCUCGGAUCAGCGACCCAGUUUCAUUUGCCACACCUUCAGCUAUCGCUAUAAUCAGGCGGGUCGUGACAAUUGUAUGCUGUGCGAUAGACCCGUCAAUAUGCUCGACUAUUAUGUGGACAUUGAGCCGGAUCGUGAUUACGACAUCUACUCCAUGGCCGAUGACAUGGAUGUCUGCCGACAGCCGCCACGUCGCAGUGAUGGUCCCAGCACCGCUCUCUCCGAUCCACGCAAUGCUCAGUGCUUCUUUCGCGCCAUCGAUGCCACACGAUUCUUCAAGUCCAUUGUAAGAGAUUCCCUGACUGUUCGCACUGUCGGAGAAUGCGAAAUGGAGUGUAUUCGAUCCACAAAAUUCACUUGCCGUGCCUUUGCCUUCCGUUAUGGAAAACAGCGUCAUGCCGGCGUCAUAGACAAUUGUCAGCUAAGUGAUUGGCCAGUCAGGGAUAUGGACAAGGAGCGUCAUCUCUUACUGGACGCCGCUUUCGACAUCUUCGAGCGUGCGAGCUACGGACAUGGCUGUGAAAUUCAACCCAUCGUGGAUGAAAAGCACAAAAAGUUGUGUUACUUGGGGUAUGGAUCGCCGGCCAGACUGCUGCCUCCGGCUAUCAAGAAGGUCAUCUCAGUGCCCUCAGAAAUGGCUUGCAAAAAGGAGUGCAUACACUUCAGGGAGACCACGCCCUUCAAGUGCUACGCCUUUAGCUAUGGCUCCCAUGGCAGCUGUGAAAUGUCGGAUCUCGAUCAGACGGAGUUGAAACUGGACGUACACUAUACGCAUACCAAGGAAAGGGAUUACUGGCUGUUUGCCUGGAAUCCCUUCGAUUGGACAUGUCGCGAUAAGGUCAAUACGAUCGGUGGCUCAAGGGUUAACAAUGAUCGACGCAUGGAUAUAUUCAGGGAACCGGGAGACGUUGCCUGGCGACAUUACACGGUCUCUGGAAAGCCCUGUCGUCGCAGUAGUCCAUGUGAGAAGAAUCUGAUCACGGGAUUCUAUUCCUGCGAAACGGAUGGUUCGGAAAUUGGUUCGUGGGAUUACUGCUGCAAGACGGAUCAUCCGUGUGGCUACAGUCGCGGCUUCGACUAUCCCUGGUGCUUUGUGGGCGAUGAGGCGGAUCAAUGGCGCAAGUGCAGCGAUCGUUAUUUUCCCGGCAGCAACAGCACGAAGGCAACUCACUCAAAUCUUGGUCUGCCCAGUAGUUCCAAGCAGAAACAGAAGCAUAAGCCACUGCAGCCAGCGACAGCCGCAAGUAGUGAAUAUACACAGCAUCCACCACGUCCCGGAGGAUUGCAGAGUCUCAGCGAUUUUGCUGCCGCAAGACUUUGGCCCGUGACGUAUCUUUAUAGCGAGGGGCCUCCAAAUGCGACGGAGUUUAGUAAUUUCGUUGAUUGCAACAAGGAGACGUGUUAGCGGCACGCAAAAUGCACAUUAAGUAUUGUAGUUCCCAUUAUCAGAUUUUCCCCCAAUAGUUUUAAAAACACACUUAGAUCCAACCAUUUACUCGUAACAAUGACGAAUAACUUUUUCUCACCGUUUUGCAAUGUGUCGUUGUGAUUUUCAAUGAGAUUGGAAUACCAUUUUCCGUCAUAAUCAAAUCAAAAACUAAUUAACUUAUUAAUUUUAAUAUGCAAGCUUUUUAACGUUAAUCAUAGUUUCGUGUUGACGAUAAAUUGUGUAUGUACUUAUGUAUUUAAGUCGAAUGUAUAUGUACUUAAUAUCUUCAUCACAUCUAGAAUAUACGAUUAAUAAUAAAUUAAAAAACUAGUUAGCUGCAGAGCGGUUGUAACUCA